AUGGCAAACCUCCCUCUUAAAAAACCCGUUAACGAUUUAAUUAAAUUUUGGGCCGAAAAACAAGAAAAUGAUCCUGAACCGAUUACAAAGUCACCACGAAGAUCUUUAUAUCCAAAUACUUCCUCUUCAUCUUCUCCGCAAAAUCAAGUUUUUUUUCCAAAAUCAAAAGACAAAUCACCCUAUUCAUCUGCUCCUUUAUCUCCUACCCACAACAUACAUACAUUAAUAUCCGGAGAAAAUGAUCAAGGAAGAAUGGAUCGGAAUUCUUUGCCAAAGAAUGAUGACUCUUACAAUGAAGAAACUUCAAGUCCACUUUCUAUAUUGGCUCUUAAAUCCAUACCACCCGUUCCCGCCAAAGAUAGUUACAUAACGCGUCCACGUGAUCAUGUGCUUAACACAAAAGACGUGUUUAAUCAAAUCGGUCCAUUACCUCCAGCUCGAAAAGUAACCAAUCUUGUAAAUAUAUAUGAAAAAGCUUCAUCUCCGAACAACUCGGCACCCUCAUCUCCGAUAUUAUCUCCAGUUAAACGAAGUCAGACUACUUUAGCAACAUCGUCUCCGAUAAAGCGUCAUAACGCUAUUACAGAAUUGUCCCCUUCUAUUCCGUCUUCUCCGACUAUAAACUCAAUGUCAAAGGGGAAACAACACAUUCCGGAACCUUUGAAUAACUUAUCGAAAAAAUUCACCGAUGAACCAACUUUCAUGUCAUCACCCAUCUCUCCGAUUCAGGAUCAAAAUCAUAAACAUGAAUCGAAUCCAAUAUCCCCAAUUGAUACUUCUUCAUUAAACGUUGAGAUUCCAGAUCAAAUACUUCAAAGAAACGCUAUAUCUACUGAACAACACUUUCCAAAAGUGCAAAUACGACGGAAUCCAAUUUCUUCCAUUCAGCAAGAGCCAUGUUAUACUCAAUUGCUCAAGAAUAAUAAUAAUAAAUCGUCUCAAAAGAAGACAACCUUUAAUCCAUUUGGUUUUCUAAAAGCGCUAAAUGGAUCUUCGAAAAAUUUGAAUUUAGAUCCGUUAUAUUCGUCUAAUGAUGGAGGAAAUGGAGUUCAAAAUCAUAAUCCUUUCUUAGGUAUGAUGAGUACGGAUCAAUCUGACAUGUACAAAGUUGUGGUUGGCCCAAAAUCUGGAGAUAAGAAAAGACAAUCAGUACCUUCUGCACUAGAUACAAAUACUUUAAUUAUGGAAAUGCACGAGAGUAAUAAAAUGCAACAAUCUCGUAUAAUUCCCAAGGAAAAUGAAAAUGAUUCCACAAUUAAACCAAUGUUUUCAAAGCCUAUCAGCGGAACAGUUAAACUUAUUGAAAAACUACAAAGUUAUUUACAGCCAAAUAAAUGCAAAAAUUCAGAUGGCACUAAUGAAUCGAUACAAAACACUACAUCACGAAAUGUCCAUAAUAACGAAGUACAAUAUGCUAUGACAAUUUCAUUAGGAAAAUCUGGAUCCUUUCAAACAUUCAAUUCAAAAAGUGGCAUAAAAUCUUGUCAACGACAAAAUUUCAAGCCUGUUCGGAUCCCUAAAUCACCAUAUAGCACUACACGACUUGAACGAGACUCACUUUCUCCUGUAAACACACUCAAGAAAAAUCCUUUAAUUAAAAAGAAAACGUUUAAAAUUACGAAACAUGACCUGCCCGAAUAUAAUACAUCAAAAUCUAAAAUGUCCAUGCUCGUUCCUCAUAGUCUUUCUUCGGUAGAAUAUGGGAGGAACAAUCAUUCCUUACCAGAUUUGUCAAUACGAUAUCGUCAUCAUCAAUUUAAUGACGCUUUUCUCAAAAAUAAUAUGACGGUACCCAAUUUCACGCGAAUCGAUUCAAUAUCCAAAGAUGAGCACCAAAAGUCGGAUUUUGCCAUGGCUAUUACGGAGGACGUAGAUUUAGAUCCCGCAAAGAUAACAAAAUUUAGUAUCAAUCCAUUUAAUGAAUCUGAAUCCAAUGAACUUUUUAAACCUGGCGCCCCAUGGAUAUAUUUACCUCGCCUUGACGAAUUUAUUUUAUCUCUUCCUCCAACUGAAUUCUCUGAACCGAAGGAAUUAAUGACAGCUGAGGAAUAUGAAAAAUUUAUCAAAUAUGGAAAAUCUGAAGACAAAAAUAUAGGAAACAAGUUUCCUCCAAUGAAUCAAAUCCCUGAUGGUAUCUGUUUAGAUGAUCUAAAACUUAACGUCGUAAAGAAUGACGGACUUUUAAAUCAAAGAGUACUUGAAUCUGCAAUCGAGGCUGUUUUAGCUGGUCAAACUACAACAUUUGGAAUGAAUAUGAUGAAGCUUGAAAUCAUGAGAGACUUUGUACAAUUUUUGGCUUUGAUUCUAACAUUUGUUCCUUCAACAAUAGUUGGAGACUGGGUGAAGAUCAUACUAGACCUCAUACCAAAUUUGUUGAGUUUUAAUUUGGAUCACGUAUUUGGAAAUGGGACCACUUUUUUCCUCGUCUUUUGUGUUAUUGUUUUUGGAGGGUUAUAUUGGUUCAGAACAAUGACUAAAUAUGAUCCGAAUGCUGAUGUUGAGGGUCUCGAAUCUCAUCCUUGGAACAUUCGUCCUGAAUCAAAGCGAAGACAUAACGUCGUUGUAGUUUUCACCCUUACCACGCUUUAUCUUCCACUCUCAAAAUUAUCUCUUGACGCGUUGGUAUGGUCGGACUCAUUUUGGCCUAUCCCUAACCCCUACUUUCAAAAUGUAGACUUCCCCGAUUUUGGAAGUGGUUCGGAUAAUUUUCGCGAUCCAAAAGAUUUCUGUUAUGUCACCAGCAUGAACAAAAAUGAUUUAAACUUUUCACCAGUGAUCAUUGGUGUUGCAAUAAUAACAAUUUGUGUAUUCUCAUUCUGGUUUCCUCUUGCAUUAAAACGUUUGGUUGAUAAGAAUCUCCCAAGAGUGGACAAAUAUGAUGAAUUGGGUGAAACGAGACAUAAUACAGAAGUAGAGUACAAAAAGCUAUUGAUGAAAGAUACAUGUCCUUAUAAUUUCUUGUAUAAUGCAUAUAAUGAUAAGUGGGCGGCUUAUAAAACAUUCAUUAUGGUCAAUAAGUUUUUUUUAAUCUUUCUUGUAUCUGUGAUAUCAAAAGACAAUUGCCUCUUUAGAUCAUUUGCAAGGGUGCGUGUAGAUACAGUCCGUUCUAGUCUUCAAAUUCUUUUGAUGUUUAUUUUACUUUUAAUUCAUUGGCGUAGUGAACCUUUUCUUUAUAUGGGUCAGAAUUUAAGUGAAUAUUGGUCAAGAGCUGGUUAUGUUAUAACAAGCAUUUUGGGAUUGUUAACUAUUCUUAAAGUUGGACCGGAAAGACAAAUAAACUAUGCGUUGAUUGCGUUAAAUCUUAUAGUUGGCGUUGUUGUCGUUUGGCAUAUUAUAGAGCAAACUAAUCGUUACAAAAGUUUUGUCAAGGUUAUGAGGAAGCGAUUGGAUUUUUCUUUGAAUAUUUAUUCUCCAAAAUUGGAUUUUGCUAAACACAUCAAACGUAGAGUAUGGCAAGAAACAUGGUCAACAUUACUGCUCACAUCUGAACAAUUUAAAAUGCGCGAUGGUAAAACAGUAGCAUUUUCUCAAAGCACAUUCAGACCUCCAUACCUAUUAAAUUUUUCUGGAACUGUUGCUGAACGACAUGUUGAGAAUUUGAAAAUUAUUAGACAAAUUGGAAUUAAGAAUUAUAUUUCAGCAAUGGCACCCUUGCCAGAAUCUCUCGCCAAAUUAAGAUUAACUAUUGUAAAUAAUUUUGUUGGACCUGACAUUUAUUACGCACCAGAAUUCUUAGUACCUAAAAUUAAGACUUGCUUUGGCAAAGCUUAUGCAGUUCCAUUUCCAUUUUCCGUUGUGAUAGUAUAUGACGAUGAUGAAAGUGUUUUGGUUCUAACAAAAGAAUGGGAAAUUCAGAGAUUUGUCCAACAGAAUGAGAGCAAAGAGAUUCGAAGGAGACGUCUCGUUCGUCAAAUGUUGAGAACUUUAGAAGGACAAAAGGUUAUGGGGCCUUGUGAUAUUACUCAACCUAAUACCGAUAAGAAAACGAGGAAUUCGAUUCAUUAUCAUCAUGGAAUUUUAUCGAUACAGCGAAAUAAAUUAUCAAAGUGGCGCGAUCAUAAUAUGAAUCCAGGAUUUAAGGUUACAAUGUCUUAUGAUAAUCCUUCGCAUGAAUGUGUUGUUGGUCAUGAUGUCCUUGGAAUUACUGAUGAUUUCCAAAUGACUUAUCAAUUACAAAAGCUUUUUUCGGAUAAUCAAAAGGUUGUUCAAGAAGGUUUGGUGCAAAUUCAAAAGUUAAUGGAUGAAUAUCGUCAAUACUAUCGGAAUGAGGCACAAUGGAAGGAGGAAGUACUUUCAUAUGGAUUUUUCGUUAAUAUUUAUGACAAUCCAUCUAUACCCUUGGAGUCACUUCCAGCAUUAUUAAUUACCACCGAGGAAAAUAAACUUAUUCAAGCAAUUCCGGAGAGUGAAUAUCCAAGUUUUAUAUAUCUUUACGAAAGGAUGCGAGUUAUUAAUUUAUCACGUGUACAUCAAUGGUGGUAUUUAUUUUGGGAAGAUUUAUGGAGGAAAAAUCAUAAAGAAAUGCCGGAUUUAGUUAAAUAUCCACAAUAUUUUUCACCAACUUAUCGCACAAGUAUAUGUUAUCGACCAAUGACAAGAAGCGAAUUGGAAGAAUUUUUAGAACAACGUGGAUCUUGGCAAAAUGAUGGUAAAAGUGGAUUUUUACAUUCCGGUGUAUUAAAUAGAAUUUAUUUAUAUUUAAACAAUGUGGUUUUCGGAAGAAAAACAAAAAAUGGUACGUCUAGAAGAUGGAAUAUAACAAAAGGACAACCUAUUGAGAAAGGUGCUGGCAAAAAUGUAAUUUUUGGUCGUGCUAGAAGAAUAAUGAGAGAAAGAAUAACUAUAAUGACAGAUUUUAUGUUAAGUAAGAAAAAUAGAUUUCCAAGAACAAGGCCUUUUUUUGUUUUACAAGAAGAUGAUUCCGAUACUGAACAAAGUGACGAUAGUGAUGAAGUAAAUUCUGCUAGUGAUGAUGAAGUCUGGUGGUAA